AGGUCCUCAGCUGGAGCUCGCGCUGUGAUGUAACAGGAAGUAGUGGGUUGCCUUCCAACGUCAACCUGACAGCCGCUUCAGCUGCGCUCAUUCAGCGCCGGAGACCCGCCGUGUUCGCUGCCCUGUGCCGAAGCCGAAGACUCAACACACUUUGGGGAUUGCCUUGAGACUUUACUCCCGCUCAAAGCUCCGCGCUGCUGGUGGAUUUUAUUCUCUGAUCUGCUGUUGGUGGAUGAUCAAGCUGCUUGGAUAUGGCCAAAAGGAAGAUGGAGAGCAUCGGACGGAGCUGGAUGGUGGUGCUUGUACUGCUGUGUAAUCUGACAAAGAUCUUUGUGAAGGCAAGCAUGGACGCAAAUGAAACCCAACAGCAGCAUCCCACCAACGUGUAUCAUGACAUGGGACUCACCAGGAACAGGAUAGUGACAGCUCAGUUUGAGUGCUAUCAGAAGAUUAUGAAAGACAAUACCAACAGCAGAGAAGAGGCUAUGUGUAAUCGCACUUGGGAUGGCUGGCUGUGUUGGGAUGACACCAGGUCGGGUUUUACGUCAGAGCAGCACUGCCCGGACUACUUUCAGGAUUUUGAUCCUUCAGAGAUGGUGACAAAGAUUUGCUCUGACAACGGUCACUGGUUUCUGCAUCCAGAGAGCAACCGGACUUGGACCAACUACACUCGCUGCAAUGAACACACUAAUGAAGGCAGAGUGACUGCGAUGAAUCUUUUCUACUUGGCUCUCAUAGGACAUGGACUGUCUCUAACAUCUCUCUUAGUCUCACUGGGAAUAUUCUUCCAUUUCAAGAGUUUAAGUUGCCAAAGGAUCACGCUUCACAAAAACCUCUUCUUUUCUUUCGUUCUGAACUCUGUGAUCACCAUUAUUUGGUUGACAGCCGUGGCAAACAACACGGAGCUGGUGCAGAGGAACCCAACCAGCUGUAAAGUGUCCCAGUUCAUCCAUCUGUACCUGUUUGGUUGUAAUUACUUCUGGAUGCUGUGUGAGGGAAUAUACCUGCACACCCUCAUCGUGGUGGCUGUGUUUGCAGAGAAGCAGCACCUGAUGUGGUACUAUCUCUUAGGCUGGGGCUUUCCUCUAAUUCCGGCUUCCAUUCAUGCCAUCGCGAGGAGCUACUACUACAACGACAACUGUUGGAUAAGCGCCAAAACAUCUCUACUCUACAUCAUCCAUGGUCCCAUCUGUGCUGCACUUCUGGUCAAUUUGUUUUUCCUGCUAAACAUUGUGCGAGUGCUCAUCACCAAGCUGAAGGUGACCCACCAAGCAGAGUCCAGUCUCUACAUGAAGGCUGUGAGAGCCACCCUCAUCCUGGUGCCCCUGCUGGGAAUCCAGUAUGUCCUGCUCCCCUACAAGCCGGAGGGACGGGUCUCCUCGGAAAUCUAUGACUACAUCAUGCACAUACUGAUGCAUUACCAGGGUCUGCUGGUGGCCACCAUCUUCUGCUUUUUCAAUGGAGAGGUGCAAGCAGUGCUGAGGAGACACUGGAACCAGUAUAACAUCCAGUUUGGCAGCAGCAUAGGAAACCACUCAGACGCCAUGCGUUCAGCCUCCUACACAGCGUCCUCCAUCACAGAGGUGCAGGGCUGCUACAGCAUCGACGGCCACUCAGAACACAUGAACGGAAAGGGCUGCUUCGACACAGACACCCCCAUGUUAAAGUCAGACAGUCCCUUCGCCUGACGACCACACCCCAACCAAGAACUUUCCAAACCAUCGUCCCUUAAAGACUGCAGCAUGUUCGGACCUAUAGAUGAAUUGCCAGUGGCAGCCAUGCAGGAAAAGGAUUUUGUACCUAUGCUCUCAACCACCUGAAGGACAUUCUCACCUCUCUGUCACAUUUGGAACAUAACUGUACGGUGAGCUUGAUACAACUAUUCUUGCGCUGUGUUCGUCUACAAUUUGCAACUGAGCUGCUUGACUUGGACUGAGAUGCAUUUGGAAAACCACAAUAUAUUUCUGCCUGACGAAAUUGUUUUUUAUAUGGACGAAUAUUUACUGCUUGACUGUCUUUUUGGCGUCAUGCUGUGCACAAAAAGCCUUUGGUUACACUGUAAAUUGUUUUUACAUAUUUAGUGCCAAACUUAGACAUCCCUACCUGUCGCAUUUUUUUUUCUCAUGAUGAAUCAGAACAGAGAUUGGUCAUCUAUCUGGUGCAUUAUAUUAUAUCAGAGUUAUUUUGUAUCUUUUACAUGUAAACUUAAUUUAUCUGAACAUAUUGUUUAUCAAAUAAAUAAGUAAAUAAAUACCACACAGUAUUUAUUAAAGUUGACAUGCUACAUUUUCCAAAAGUAGUUAAUUAAUACUGAUAGGACUUAAGCUUCAUUUUUACUUCUGUGUGGAAUCUACACCGCAGCCUGACGUGCACCUCCUGAAAAAUUUAACUACGAGCCCUGUGAUUGGCUACAGGCAUAUUGUGUGUUCUCGUGUAAAUGGCUGCAGACGACGAACCAAUUUGUCAAAUCUACUUGUUGUCGUCAGUGGCUUAACAAGGUUUCAGUAGCCAUGGUUUCAUGUUCACAAACAAGCAGAGAACAUGGCCUAACUGGAAACUGGUGAUAAAAACCACCAUAGAAAUCGCACUGAACACCAACGUUUUUAGGCUGAGUGACACAGACACACCAAGGUAUGGCCGGCUUCUACGGCAACGUGGCGUUCAAUUUACAUUGGAACUCACAUCUCACAGCUGAAAAUGACGUCACACCCGAGUUAACCUCAAUCUUGCAUUAUUCCAGUUGCAAGUCGGACAAGCAACAUGGACGCCUCCAGCAGUACCUUUGUUGUGUUAGCCAAUACAUGGCUAUAACAACACACUACGUUCAUAGUUUGCACGGGAAAAUAACUUGACAACAUGUCCACAGAUAGAACUUGAACGGUACUAUCGGUGUGAUUGAUUUAAUUACACAAGAACAAGACGUUGCUAAUAAACACAAUAGUUACAGCUUAAACGUGACUUAUUGAUGCAUGUUGCAGCCAUGUUGGAUUGGGGGAGGUCCUGAUGACUUAUCAGACCGGCAACUUGGAAUUUCCAACUUCUGAGAUCAAAUGGAACGCACCAAUAGCUACGGCGUCGACUGGAAGCCAUGUUGGAUUGGGGGCGGUCCUGAUGACUUAUCAGACCGGCAACUUGGAAUUUCCAACUUUUGAGAUCAAAUGGAACGCACCAAUAGCUACGGCGUCGGCUGGACUCAGAAGAAUAAAUCAGGCUUCAAUGCCAGCGUCAUGUUAACUUUCUAUGUACUCUGUUUGUUUCAGUGUUUGUGUUGCAAUAACAGAGAUGGUUGACAGAAUCAAAGCUUUCAGCCUUCUUUUUUAUAUGAUGUUAUUUGGAUAUAUCAUCAAGGUAAUGUUUGACUGUUUUAAAGUGAUCCUUAUCCUUACUGACAUGGGCAUCCUUUGUAUUAUCACACAGAAGCCAUUGUGAAGUGAAAUACUCCAAUAGAUCUACUCAUUACACUUGAAUGUAACAGUUAAAGACUUGGAUCAGUUCAUAUAUGCAUCACAUUCCCAUUCACUCCUGUAUUUAGCCUUACUCCUCUCCUGUACUCUCAUAAAACCACUUUACAAGAACUAGCAGGCGUUCAGACAGACAACAGCGCUGUUUUACAUAUAAAGGGGUGUGUGCUGGUGUACCACUUGAAAAACCUAGAAAGCCAUAUUGGUUACUUUGAAAAUGGCUUGCGUUUGCACCUGCUGUGAAUGAAUUGCUUUGUGCUGCAAUGACAUUUCUGACAAAAAGUAAAACACAAUGAUGUCAUUUAAUUAUAAAAAAGGGUGAUUUGCAACAAACCUGCCCUAUUUGGUUUGUGUCAGUAUAGUUGUGCAACAAAACGAUUGCUGCAAAGCUAGUAUGUAGGUGGAAACUACUUAAGCAACAAUAAGCCCCCGACUGUCCAUAAGACGUGGACGUAGCCUCUUGGAUUCACAAGUGAAGCCAAUGCAGAAGAACCUUAAUCCUGCAUUAUUUCUAAUAGCCAGCAUGGGGCUUGUUUUCAGAAGGAGUUUAUGCUCUCAAUCGCCAGCCCAACAUGAAAUGGUUACAAUUUAAAAGUUUCUGUCCCAUUAAGGUUAAAAUAGAAGAUAAAGCCAAAUAUGCUACAGUACAACAGUGAUUGAAAAGUCACCACUUAGACAACAAAUGUUUUAUUACUGUUACAAAGUCUAUCUACCCCCAGAUAUCCAAACAAAGUCACUUCUGCCUCCACAAACCAAGAUGAACAGAGCCAAAGUGAAAGACUGGAGGCUCCAAAACUGCCGUCCAAAAACCAUUGAGGGACAUCACGGCUAUGUGGCUACAUCCACUUUUUAUUAUAGUGUAAGGCUGUGAGAAAACAAAGCCAGUGCAGCAGUUUUACAUGAAGUCUGAACACGUGGACAUGUGAUGAUUUCGUCAUGCAAAAACAGUAUUUGUGAAGCAUAUAGCUAAAGCAGGCUGAUAUCUACUCUUGGUCAGAAAUCGUUGCACUUAUAGUCAGCUUUCAUUUCAUCCACCUAAACACAAAACCUCUCUCCACUUCUUCUUCGUAGCUUAGAACAUUUUUAACACACAGUCCACAAUGCUGGGAACAUAAGUCACUAUCAGCUGAUGUAAAUAUAUUUUUUUAUAAAUCUAGAGUUUUUGAAAAGUGGACAAGUUGAACUUGUGAGUGUGUGUGCAUGAUUUAUAUUUACAGUAUUUAUGAGUAUGUUCUACUCUGACUUUUAAAUCGUAUGUGACACUGUGUGUGGCUGAUACAGACAUGUAUUCUACUGAUGUGUUGGAAAAAGGCAGGGGUGGGUAAUGUGUUGGGGUUGCCAAUGAAGGCCUGUAACAAGCUUCUGUGUUUGUCUGCCCAUGUUAUUUGUCACUCUGGCAACCUUUCUAGUUUGCCUGUGUUUGAAAAUCUCUUUAAGUUGUCUGUACUGCGUCACCAAUGAAGAGUAUUGUCCUUUUCCCCCCAUAAUCUAUCUGUCUUUAUUUAAAAGCAAAGCAGAGAUCCGAUAGAGGAAGUUCAUAUUUCUUCUUGUUCCUCAAGAGAUAACAACAACAAGGUUGAUGUCUCUUCCACAUGUAUUUAUUUUAUAUAUAAGAUAUGAUUAAGACAAUGAAAUAUAAGCAUUUAAAUGUCCUACCUUUCAGAGUGAAUCACAGAAGGUUUAUUUCUCCCCUGCCCAACCAGCACUAGCUGCAAACUUUCAGGGAUUAUUGAGAGGUUUGGAGUUCCAGUAUUUCAGUAUAAAAAAAACAGUUUUGAACCUGUUGAUGCAAAUUCUUAGAUACAGUCUAAAAUUGGUAUUUUUCAACCAAAUUUCAACAACUUUUUAUCUUUGCAUGAUGAUUCAAACCUGACCAACAAUAAGUGGCUUUUCCGGUUUUAGAUUAUUUAUAAAUCUCUCAAUUUCAUCUUCAGUCUGUUAAACAUUUAAGAAUGCUUUAAGGCGUUAAGGCUCGUCAUUCUUCACAGAGCAGGUACAUUGAUCUGUUUUCAAGAAACCCAUAUUCUAUUUUAACCCUUGAAAAGGAUUCUUGGCUGGCAGUGUUGGAGUGAGAGACACAGGGAUGUUUCACAUUAAACAAGAGGUCGAAUGAACUGAGGCUGCAGAUGCAUGCAUACAGUGUUUGUUUGUUUUUUGCAUCACAUCUGCAGGACAGUGUCUCCAUUCAUUCUUCUCAUAUAUGAUUGUCACACCUGUGUAUUGCAUCAAGUGAUAGACGUCAAAUGCAGCAUUAUGACGUCUCCGUAAGCCACACCACUCACCGCGCAGUGAUGCAUCAUGAACAGUAAUGACGCUACAGUCCAGUCAGCACAAGCCAGAGACGAUGACCCCGUGUAUUAACUCCAUUUAAGUUGUGUAUUUAGGUGUGAAAUAUUUUUAUGUGACUCUCCAAAGGGUUUGUGAAGUGUCAGUAACACUUUGGUGAUGUGUAUGAAACGUAUGACAAAAAGCAUUAUGGAUGAUUUCUGUAAUUUUUUUUUGUUCAUGUAGUUCUGUAAUUGACUUUUGUAGUCUUGACACAUUGACUGCACACUGCUGUCUGAAUGUAACUGGUUGUGUUUUAUUCUCUGGAUGUGUAAAAACAAACAUAUAUAUAUAUAUAUGUAGAUAUAUUUACAUAUAAUGUCUCUUUUUUAUUUUUUGACUGAAUUAGACAAUGUUGCUAUCUUGUGUGUAUCUGAAUACUAAUACAGUUUAGCACAGCACCAGCUCGUCACCUCUAGUAUUUUUAUUUUUGGCUCGAUUCUGAGAGUACUGCACAUUAAUGCACAACCCCAUGCCUUGGGGCUUUUUUCUUCUUCUUUGGACUUCAUGUAAGGUUGGAUCGGUCUAGAUCUGGGCGAUAUAGACCAAAAAUCUUUUUUUUUUUUUUUUUUUUAAGCAGAAUGGCGUUACACGAUAUAUAUCUUGAUUUCUUUUUUUUGUGUAACGAAAUAAAAUCAAAGUCGGUUCUGAGUCAAAUCCACAUAGGCCAAAUGCCACACAAGCACUUUUAUUAACAGCCAGCUGCACAACGUCAACAUUUACAUGAAAAUAACUCUCUCGCUCUCUCUCUCUCUUUCUCUCUCUCUCUCCCUCUCUCUCUCUCUCCCUCCCUCCCUCCCCCUGGUUUCUUCUCAAUCCACCAUCCUCUCUCUAAAAAAUAAAGCCAAUAAAAGCCCUAAUUUAAAUCUUUAAAACAAACUACCUCAGGACACCGAUUGCCUAGCGGUUAUGUCAUGCGCCCCAUGUAUGAAGGCUAAACUCCUUAUCGCAGCGGCCGCGGGUUCGAAUCCAACCUCGGCCCUUUUGCUGCAGCUCAUCCCCCCCUCCAAACAUUUCCUGUCUCUCUUCAGCUAGCCUACCAAUAAAGGCACUAAGAAAAUGGCCCCCAAACUUGCAAAAAUAUAUAAACUACCUGUUUGUGAAAUACAAAAUAAUAUUAAAUAAUAAUGCUCCUCGAA